UAAUUUGUCACAACAGAACAUUUCAUCUCUCACCCACUCUAUCACAAGCCAUUAAAGAUUUAAAGGCACAAGAACAAAAUGGGCACAAUUGGAUUUACAAGUUUUGGAUUUACUUUAAAAAGCAGCAACCAAAAACUUGCUGCACAUUCAUUUGUUUCUGCUUCUUGUUCACAAGGAAGAGUUUCUGCAACAAAGAAUGAUGCAGAUUCUGAAGAAAAGGGGUGUUUGGGAAGAAGAAUAGCACUUGUUUCUGGGGUUUCACUGGUUUCUUCAGCAAUGUUGGGGUCUCCAAAAGAGGGAUUGGCUGUUGUCAAACAAGGACUUUUAGCUGGUAGAAUUCCUGGCCUUUCUGAACCUAAUGAACAAGGUUGGAGGACGUACCGAAGACCAGAUGAGAAGUCAGGAGGACAUGGAGUUGGGUGGAGUCCUAUCAUUCCGUAUGCCUUUUCGGUGCCUGAUGGCUGGGAGGAGACACCGGUAUCAAUAGCUGAUCUUGGAGGAACAGAGAUUGAUCUAAGAUUUAGUAAUGCGAGUGAAGGCCGAAUUUCUGUCGUUGUUGCACCAGUUUUAAGAUUUGCAGACUAUCUAGAGGAUGAUGCCAGGAUUGAGAAAAUCGGGCCUCCUGAGAAAGUGAUCAAUGCAUUUGGGCCAGAAGUAAUUGGAGAGAAUGUAGAAGGGAAAGUUAUGAAUAGCCAAGUUAAAGAAUACGAUGGAAGAAAGUAUUACCAAUUUGAGUUGGAGCCACCACACUGUCUGAUCACAGCAACUGCAGCUGGGAACCGUCUUUACUUGUUCAACAUACUUGCAAAUGGUCUGCAGUGGAAGAGGCACAACCAGGACCUGAAAAAGAUUGCCGAUUCUUUUAGGAUUGUAUAGAGGCAACUUUCAGAUGAUAGUAUACACAAUCUUGUUAUUACAAACUCCUAUAUUCUAUACUACGUGAAACAUUACAUUCA